UUGUUUGGUGUAAGCAUGGUUGUUCCUCUCCUAAGCCUUCACGUCAAGUCUCUCGGAGCAAGUCCGACAGUUGCGGGAAUAGUAGGUUCCACCUAUGGCAUUUUGCAACUCUUUUCUAGCACAUUAGUGCACCCCCUGGCACAGGGUGAGGGUGGAGGUCUUUUCAAGCACACGCUCUCCAUCUCCCGGGCUCUGCUUUCUGAUCUGGUUGUGGAGAAGGAACGGCCCCUGGUGAUCGGACGGUUCAACACAGCAUCCGGUGUGGGGUUCAUCUUGGGCCCCGUGGUUGGUGGCUACCUCACGGAGCUCGAUGGCGGGUUUUAUGUAGCAUCCGUCAUUUGUUUCUCUGUCUUCCUUCUGAAUGCGGGUCUGGUUUGGCUGUUUCCAUGGGGCGAAGAGAGAUGCAACACUACAAAGAAUGGUCUGCCAUGGGGUGAGAACCACACAUGUUCCGGAAAAGCGGGCUAUCGCGUGCAGGGUGCAACGACUGCCCACGAGGCCACCGUAGGCAGAACGAGUCUUUGGCAUCCCUGGACGGAAGUCACAUUGGCCUUGCGAAGCAUUAAGACCCUCAUCUUAUCUGAAAUGUGGGACAUAUUUUCCGUGCGCCUGCUCAUGGCUGUGGCCAUCAUGCUGUACUACAGUAAUUUUGUCUUGGCCCUCGAAGAACGCUUUGGGGUGAAGCCCAAGACGACGGGCUACCUCAUAAGCUACAGCAGCGCCCUGGGGGCCCUGGCCGGCUUUGCCGUGGGGCCCAUCCUGAGGCUGUACAAGCACAACGCCCAUCGGAUCCUGCUCCAUUCCAGCCUUCUCACCUUCACGCUGCUGCUGCUUUACUCCACAGCCCAUACCGUGGGGGUCGUCGUUCUCUGCGCCACCCUCCUGUCCUUCUCCACGGCUCUCGGCAGGACGUGUAUCACGGACCUCCAGCUGACUGUGGGUGGGACACAGGCCUGCGGCACACUCAUCGGGGUGGGCCAGUCUGUGACCGCGGUGGGCCGCAUCGUCGCCCCUCUCCUGUCAGGAGUCGUUCAGGAAGUUAGCCCAUGUGGCCCACCUGGCCUGGGGGCAGCAUUAGCCUUGGUGGCAGUCUUCAUAAUGUUACUAAGGAAACCUCACUAUAGUGGUGACAGGAGGGUGAAAUCAAAAAGUGAGUAGAGCCUGCUUGGACAACCUGCUGAAACCGACUUUGAGGUGCGUAAGUCUUGCCGGGACAGGUCCUAAUGAGAAAGAGGGUGUCGUGGUGUGCUUUGCUGUGAGGUGCCCCGGUCAGCCUUCAGCAGUGCACAGGCAUGCCUGUAGGACGCCCAGACAGUAAGGCCAGGGACGUUGGAAGGUUAAGGUCAAAGUAGAGCUUUUCCAAAAGGGAAGGUACUACACUGCACCUGAACGUUGCAUCUUCCCUUCCGGGCCAUUGAAGCUCAGAUUGUCCAAGUGGGAAAAGGCUGUCAGCUACAGGAGAAGGGAUUGGUGGUGCAGCCACAGCACAUCGUAGAGAGGUGGGAGGUGGGAAGAAACGACAAAAUUCCUCUACUAAGUAAGAGUAAAAUGAUCCACAGCAAUAAAAGGCUGAUUGCCCGGGGCAUAGAAGUCAUGUUGACUUCCAUAAGCUAACAGUGAGUCUUUCUGACAUUGAACCUUGAAGAGGAGAGGAGCACCUUUAUUAAAAUAAGCUGUGGCUUUGUCAAGUCUUACGCUUUUGAGUGGUGGCUGGGGCUGGUUGUCGACUGUGGGGAUGUGGUUAAAAUUCAGGUGCCUGACCUCCCCCUCAGAUCCCAGUUCAGUGAACCUGGGACAUGUACUUAAAAAGCACCUUUGGAGGACAGUGGGUUAUAGAGAUAGAAAAAGAGCUGUGCUGGGACAAAAUGGUUCUAAGUGAAGAAUGGUUAUCUUUAUUAUUAGUUGACUCAGUUUGGACUACUAAAUGUGUGUUUCUAAUCAGCAUCUAUGAACAAGUGCCCCAGCUCUUAACAGUUACUCUUUAUAGUUGGAGGAACACGGGUUCUUUGAGCCAUGUGUUCACAACCUCUGAGGCUGCCACUCUGGAGAGCACUCUGAUGGCUUGAGACUUGUGACACAGAAGGACAUCAGGAACGGCCCUCCCUGCAUUCCAAUCCAGGUACAUCCUUCAGGUGGCAUCAGAGCCCAAUGGUAAAGCCAGACACAAGGAAUCCUAUAAAAAGGGGCAUUUUCCUCCACUUUUGAUUCCUUCAAUGGACCAAGAGCUUGGUGUUGUUGCUGGGAGUCAUCAAAUCAUUUUUUGACUCAGAGUGACCCUGCUGAGUUCCCAAGGUUGUAAUCUUCACAGAAGUGGGUCACCAAGUCUUUCUCCCCAGGAGCACCUGGUGGGUUCAAACCGCUGACAUUUUGGUUAAGAAUCAAGUGUUCACCACUGUGUUUUUUAUUCUCUCGGUUUUCCCUUAUUCCUAAUUCUUUUUACUGUUGAUCUCAUACAGCCAGAGAAGAUACAUUUUAAGAUUAUUUUUUAAUUUACCAAUGUUUGAUUUGGUAAGCUGACCUGUUCUGGAGAAUUUCCUGUGUACAUGGAAAAGAAUGUGUAUUGUGUCAUUCUAGGUAGUAUGUUCUAUGUGUGUCUGUGAGGCCUCUUUGGUAAAUAGUAUUUAUUGAAAUCUAUAUCUUCCUGGAUUUUCUUUGCGGUUCUAUUAUUUAAAGGGAUGUAUUGAAAUCUCUACUGGUUGUGUCUUUUUAUUUCUGUUAGAAUUUGCUCUAUAAAUUCUGAGCUCUGACAUUGGAUAUGUAAAUCUUUAUAGUUGCUAUGACUUCUUGAUGAAUUAUCUCUGUUAUGACUAGAUAACAUCCUUCUUUGUCUCUCAGUGGAUUUUGACUUAGUCUACUUUGUCAGAUAUUAAUGUUGACGUGUAUUUGUUUUGUUUUUUUCUCUUCCUUUUGUUUAAAUAUAUUUCUAUCUUUGUCCCCAAGGUAUGGAUCUCUUGUAGGCAACCUAUUGUAUUGAUAGGUCAUGUUUUUAAUCCCAUUCUGCUACUCUGUCUCCCGAGUAGUAGAUUUAAGCCAUCGAUGAUCAGUGUGACUAUCCCCCAGGAAGACUUAACUGCAGUUGGUUUGUUUUCUUCUGAGUGGGCAGUAGGUGCUUUGUUUGUAUUUGGUUUCUGUGUUGCAUCUUUUGGUGCACGGGCUUUUUUAUUCGCUCCGUCUUUCUGUGGAGAACAUGCACAGUACGCAUUUACUUGCCAGCCACUCUCUCUGAGGAUAUGCCUUUAAAAAUACUUUUUUAACAGUAACAUAUUUUACAAUAAAAAAUGGCAUGGUGGUGCUUGCAAGCAUACCUCCCAGGGUAGAGAGGCAAUUGUCAAACAGCUGAAGAAUGCUGGGGCUAUUGGUGGGGAAACACACCAUUCUGCUUGGGUUUGUGUUUCUCUGAGUCUCUUCAUGUUAGUGAGUCGAUUUAUUAAUCUUCUCUAUGGUUACUAUGAGGCUUACAUUUGACCACCUGCAUUUCAAGCAGGCUGUUAUACCUUGAAAGUUCCUUAAUUUUCUGACCAGACGGAAAUUCUUUAACUACACCAGUGACCCUUCUUCCUCCGCUGCUUUUGUUCGACGAUGUCGAUUACAACAUUGUAUCCUAGACUCCCUGGACUCCCUUCUAAGCUUUACUGUACUGCUGUGAGGACUUCACCUGGCUCCCUGUCAGGGUGAUAUGUUCCCAAAUAUUUUCACUUCUGCAUCAUUUCCGAUGUAGUUGAUUUUCUAUCUGAAGGACUCCCUUUACUAUUUCCUUCAGGCUUGCUCUGGGGGUCACA